CUUCCGUACUGACAGUGACAAUUCAUAAAAUAAAACUGCCUUUAUAAAGGGUUUUUGUUUUUAUUUCUAUUUCAUAUUCAUAGUGUAAAUAAUGUUAACUGGUAAAUUAGUUAUUAGUUUCUACAGAAAAAGAAAAAUAAGUUUUAAAGUAUACAAUGUACUAAAUUUUGUCUAAUUUGACUUCAUAACCUACGAGUAGAUUGAGAUAUUUCGAUCAUCACAGGUGACUACUUGAAUAGUAAUUAUGGAAUCUUUAUCAAAACAAGAGCUAAUUGCCACAAUAACUAAGCAAGCUGACCAAAUCAAGCGAUAUGAAGGACGCUUACGAGACGUGGUUGCAGCAUACAAAGGCCUUGUUAAAGAGAAAGAGGCUUUAGAAUUAAGUUUGAAGGCUUUAAAUAAAACUGAAACCACUGAUAAUGCCUCGGAGGAUUCAGUUGCUGCCCUCACGCUGUCCCUCUCCACUUUGUCAGAGGAGAAGGCUCGGAUGGAGGAAGCCUUUCAAUCUGACAAAAAAGUUACAAGAGAAAAGUAUGAAAACAUGAUAUCACAAAUGCGUGAAGAAACCAAAACCCUCGUACAGCAGCAUCUAGCAGAGGUUGGGAACCUGAAGGCUAAGAUAUCAUAUGAGAUCCAGGAGAGAGAGAAAGAGAGAGCCGAUCACACAGCUAUGUUGAAGGAAUUACAUAUGAAAUUGAACAAAGAGAGGAAAAGCAAGGAAAAGCUCGAAGACAAAGCUGUACACAGCAGCGAAGCACAAGCUUCUCAGGCGGAACUAGAGAAGCGAGUGCGCGACCUGAACUCUUCUCUAGAAGCUUCUCAGCGAAGGCUGCACAGAGCGGAGGCGCGCACAGUGGAGACGCCGGCGCUGCUGGUGCGCCUGCAGCAACAGCUGGCUCUGCUGGAGCAGUCGCACUCCAUCGCUAUACGAGAGGAACAAAUAAAAGCGAAGCGCGCCGAAGAGUCCGCUCGUAAAGUGUGCGCGCGCCAGGAGGAGAGGGUCGCGCUGUUGGAGGGCAAGCUGGCGGAGCUGUCACUCACCAUCGGCGAGUACGACCUGCGCCGGCGCCGCGACCAGGCGCUCAUCCAGCAGCUGCGCGACUCGCUCAGCGGCCGUCUGCUGGACAAGAUCGGCGGCGGGGGGAACGAGGAAACCCAAAAAAGUGAGACUGACAAUGAAAAGUUGGCCGACAGUGAAUAUUUACACACACUUAUAGACAAAAUACACAUUUUGAAAAAGGAACUGAUCGCGGAAAAUGACAAAUUAGGCCACCCAGUCGAUAUGUCCACAGUUUUCAAAUUAGAUGGUUAUGAAAAUAUACAUACAAAAUGUAAACAAGAGAUUGAGUGUUUAAAAAUGGAGUUUGAGAAUUAUAAAAUACAGAACGCGAGAGUAAGAGAGAGUGGUGAGGAGGUGGAGAGUGAAAUGGAAGAUCUGAAGAGCGAGGUAGCGAUGCUGAAGGAGAAGAUGGAGACUUAUGUGCUCAUGUUGGAAGAAGAGAAACAGGAUAAGGCUGAUUCCCUGAGAUUGCAUGAAGAGAAACUGAAAAGCGAAAGGGAGUACCACAAAGAGGUGGUCUCAGACCUGAAGACUCGGAUACAGAGCUUGGAGAAGCAGGUGCAGACGCAGAGGGACAGGUACGCGACGCUGCUGGAGGAGACGGACAACUACAUUCGCUCCAGGAACGACCGCUCCAGGAAAGUCAGCAGCGAAGAAGGAUGGAAGGACGGACAUGGGGUGUUGAACGACGUUAGCGCGCCUCCGCACAUGCUGCACUACGCGCACGAGCUGGCGCGCAAGGACCUGGACAUCACGCAGCUGAGGAGGGAGAAACACAUCCUGGAGGGACACUACAGAGAUUGUCAGCGAGAGGCAACCAUAGAGAAAGAGCGGUUCAAAGAGGUCAUAAGAACCCUUAAAGAGGAGAUUGACAGAUUAAGAAGGAUCCAAUCCCGAGAAGGCGCCAACCUGGAGUAUCUCAAGAACGUAGUGAUGGCGUAUCUCAUGUCGACAGACUACGCCGGCCGCCGGCACAUGCUCAACGCUAUCGCCGCCGUGCUGCACUUCACUAACAACGAGAGGAAAAUGGUCUUUAACACGCUGUGAAUAAGGAUCAUUUUUGCGGUUUCGUCAAAGAUUUUAUAAUAUAGAUGUGUCACGCCAAAACUGAGGCGAAUUAAAGCUGCUAAUUGUCUUAAUUUCAUUGAGUCGUAUAGUAAAUAACAAAAGUUAUAAAAUCAAAAUUCAUUUAUUUCAAUUAGGCUUUGUCUACAAGCACUUUUGAAAGGUCAAGUUAUGUCAUAAUUUAAUUUAAAUUAAUGGAGGUAAUUAUAGUCGAAAACUAAAAAUUAAAGUUAUGGGGGUUCCAAACGCGCCUUUGUCCGAGAAGAGCCCAUAACAAACUUAGCCAAGGUUUUUUUUACCACCAUUUUACAAAAUUAUCUACAAUAUAUAAAUAAAGAAAUACCUAAAUGUUAUAUACAAUGUCAAGUUGUGUAUUCAGGAGCCGUAAAACUGUAUAUUAUACAUGAAUAUAUAAUGGAAUUAAACACAAAGUAGCUAAAUUUGAAUCACUUUUUGCGGUGAUUUUGUAGGCACGUAACAUAUCUUUAGUAUAAAAUAUCGGUGGGUUCCAUACUAGAAGGGUGUAAUUGCACCCUAUUACUAAGGCUCCAUUAUCUGUCGGGCUAUAUAUAUCCCAUGAACGUGAUAUUUAGACAGUUGUUUUACAAAUGUGAGAUGAUGUAUGUUGCUGCUGUAACAAAAACUAAAAAAUGAAAUGAAUUAAGGGGAAUUCCAUACAAUGUGAUUUUUUUGCCGUUUUUUAUACCCGCUGUGGAUGUUUUUACAUAUCGAAUAGAAGCAGGCGUUAAUUGGUCUAUUAAUUAUCAUAAACAGUGUAAUUUGGUUAAUAUAAAAUCUUUAGUGAAAAUUUUGAAAAACUAAUUACACAAGACUUGAUACUAAUAAAUAAUUUUCGAUGUGUGAGUUUAUCCCGUCCCCCUCAAAAAACUAUUGAUGAAUGAAAAUGUAUUGAAAAAAAUUAUCACACCCAAUGUAAACAAAAUGUACAAAUCCAUAUGUAUUUGGUCUGAGGGCGGAGUUUAAAUAUCCCUUUCUUUUUUACCAGCGCAACGAAAGAGAUAGCGAUAUUUUCAUAUUUAUUCCGCCGCUAUUGGUCUACAUUUGUCUUUCUUACGAGAUAUGUACGAUCAGAUAUGUAGUCUUAUCAAAUCAAUCAAUCGAUAUAUUUGUUUGACGACCUCCGUGGCGCAGUGGUAUGCGCGGUGGAUUUACAAGACGGAGGUCCUGGGUUCGAUCCCCGGCUGGGCUGAUUGAGAUUUUCUUAAUUGGUCCUGGUAAUCCAGGUCUGGCUGGUGGGAGGCUUCGGCCGUGGCUUGUUACCACCCUACCAGCAAAGACGUACCGCCAAGCGAUUUAGCAUUCCGGUACGAUGUCGUGUAGAAAUCGAAAAGGGGUGCCCUGGUUAGCCCGCUUCCAUCUUAGACUACAUCGUCACUUACCAUUAGGUGAGAUUGUAGUCAAGGGCUAACUUGUAAAGAAUAAAAAAAAAAGACACAUGACUGUGUUGUAGGUGUAGGUAAUAUACAGGUGGUAGGUGACUCUUACUUGCUUAGAUAUGUUUCUUGAUUUUAAGAGCGCGCAGCACUACGGUACGAUAUGGAUAAAAUUCGAAGCGCAAGCGAGACGCCGAAUUACGACUUUCACGUGAGUGAAAAGCACGGAGCGAUUGAGGCGCGACGCAAAUUUUAUGACGUGAGCGCCAAAACCAUUUUUACCUAAUUGCAAGUAAAUUAAACAACAUAACGAAAAACAAAAUGGCCGUUCAAGAUAUAUACCUAAUUUUCUAUACAAAACAAAAAUUUAAUAAGUUUGCUUUUCCUGAUAUUGAAAGCAAAAUGUGAGCAAAACAUUUUGCUUUCAAUAUUCAAUAUCAAAGUUUUACAAAUUGUGUAUUUUGUAUAGUCAUAACGAAGCUAACACUUUGAAAUAUCAUUUACCCGAAUAUCAGGCUCCUAACUUUUCCAGAAUCUGAGAUCCAGAACCAUUUGUAACCACCAAAUUACAUAUUGCACACUCUUAAAGCAGUGAAUAUACUAGUACAUAAUAUUGUUUUUUUAUAUAUAAAUUUAAUAUUUGAAAAUAAUAUUAGGUAUCUCAAUCUCAUAUCAAUUUCCAGCAACUUUUUAAAGGUUCGUUUGGUAAUGCACCAAUGCGCUCUUUAUUUAUUUUGUUAACUUGUGUAAUUGUAAACAUUCCUUAAUAUUUAUAUUUAUUAAAUACAUUAUGUAUAUCAA